UACAAAAGAACAAAGUGUGCUGUUAGAGGCAACUUUCAAUUUCAUAAGCAAAAUAAAAAAGUACACAAGUGUUAAGAAUUAGACAAGUCUGCCGGAGGCGGCAGAAGUUCACGUUACAAAAGAACAAAGUAUGCUGUUAGUGGCAAACUUUUAUUUUCAUGAGCAAAACAAAAAUUUACACAAGUGUUAAGAACUAGAAAAGUAUGCCGGAGGAGGCAAAAGUUCACUUUACAAAAGAAUAAAGUAUGCUGUUAGAGGCAACUUUCAUUUUCAUAAGCAAAACAAAAACAUUAUUAACAAAACAACACCAAAAACACAUAAGAUUGCAUAAAAAUCAAAAUUAUUAACAAGACAACACCAAAAAAUCAAGCACACAUAAAUUAACUUAAUUCAUGAAGUUAUGCCGGAACAAGCAUAACUUUAUGCCGGAACCGGCAUAACUUCAGUUUACAAAAUUACAAAGUAUGCCGUGAGAGGCAAACUUUCAUUUUUCAUAACCAAAACAAAACAUUAUUAACAAAACACCAAAAACACAUAAGAUUGCAUAAAAAUCAAAAUUAUUAACAAGACAACACCAAAAAACCAAGCACACAUAAAUUAACUUAAUUCAUGAAGUUAUGCCGGAACAAGCAUAACUUUAUGCCGGAACCGGCAUAACUUCAGUUUACAAAAUUACAAAGUAUGCCGUGAGAGGCAAACUUUCAUUUUUCAUAACUAAAACAAAACAUUAUUAACAAAACACCAAAAACACAUAAGAUUGCAUAAAAACCAAAAUUAUUAACAAGACAACACCAAAAAAUCAAGCACACAUAAAUUAACUUAAUUCAUGAAGUUAUGCCGGAACAAGCAUAACUUUAUGCCUGAACCGGCAUAACUUCAGUUUCAAAAACGAAGAACUUUGCCGGAUCCGAUAUAUGUUGCCUCAGACAAACACAUUCUUCACAAAAAUCAGAUUAUUAAAUAAAAACAGCAGCAACAACAUAAAACAGCUGUUCACAGGCAAAACUUCAACGAUUCAACAAAGAGAAAACCAAAACGCAUAUCAAAAUCAACUAAAACAUAUUACGACAUUCAUAAUACGACAUUCAAAAAAUCAAAAUAUAUACAUGGGGAAUGAAACUAAAGUUCAAAAAAUCAUAUAGACAUUAUAACAAAACACUAUAAUUUUAAAUAAAAAAGGAUCAAUUAAAUAUAAAAAACGAUGAAGACAAGAAUAUCAAUUCAACAAAUAACAAUUUAACAUAAAAACAAAUAUUGAAACGAGCAAAAUAUCCAAAUUUGUAUCUAAGUUUUAGAACAGAUGAGACAAACACAAAACAGAGGAGGAAAGAAGAAGCAAAAAAAGAAAAGAAAAGGGCAAAUGAAGAAAUAAAAAGGAUUUUAAUGGGGUAAGGGUAAUUUUGUCAAAAAACUUUCAUUAAACAGGCGGCAAGGGCAAAAUUUAAAGAAGACAUAAAUGAGGGCCAACAUAUAAAGACCAGCCCAAAAAAAGGGCGCUCCGCGCAAAAAUUUGAAUAAGAAUAAGCAGCAGGACAAGCCCAGGCAAAUAUAUACAUAUUUGCACUACUUUUAUUGAUGAGAUUAAAAAUUAAAUAGAUGUCCUUCCGCGUAAAUUCCCUGAUGAAUUUAGAUUAAUUGGCUCAAUAAGUUCUCAUAUUAGAUGGCUAAAAGAGGACGAAAAACUUUAAUGCAUUUCUCUUAUAUCAAUCUUUGCUUUGUAAAUUUUGAUGCAUAAUUUUUAUUGUUUUUCUUCAAAUAAAUUACUCAUUCGCAGAAACAGAGGUUUUUACCACCUACAUUCAGUGAAAAAUUUGUGUUAUAAAACAUAAUUUUCUCACCUCAUUCAUCUUCGAACCAACUUACUAAAAAAACACACGGCGAGAAACAUGUUCCCCUAUUAAAACGCGGAAAAAAUGUUAUCACAAAAAAAAUCACUUUUAUUCUCAUUCAGUGAAAAAUAGUCAUUGAACAUUUUUUAGUGUCAGUGACCCGGGCUACAUUUUAUGUUUUGUAAAAUGAUUUUAGAAAACAUUGUUCCAAUCAUUUUCUGCAAAAAAAAAAAAAAAAAAAAAAAAAAAAAAAAAAGAGUUUGUCUAACAAAACUCUUUUCUCCCCAAUUUUUUUUUUCAAUUCCCUUUCCCUCCCCACCAAGAAAUAUCUUUGCAAAAGAGUUUAGGUCCAAGAAAAUUCUGGACCACAUCUUUGACCAAAACCAAUCAGUAUUUCCCCCCAUUUAUAGUUAUAGAAGAAAGUGCUUUUGAUUUCUUACGUUCUUGAAGAUCAAAGUUGACAUCAGAUCUGACUGCUGAGCAGCUGAAAAGUGCUUUUUGGACGAUCAUGGAAGCUAUUGCUGGGAUGGUAUUAGAUUUUGGAUUUAAGAUGCUCAAAAGUAGAAGUGACUUCAAUGAGAAUUUGGAAACUCUAGAAAGAAAUGUAAAGCUAUUAUCAGAUAGAGCAUUUGAUGUGAAGACAGAUGUUGAGAAUCGAGAGCGAUCUGGGAAGAAGAAGAGGAAAAGAGAAGUUGGUUCUUGGUUUGACGAGGUUAUGAAGGUCGAAGAAGGAUUACGUGCGUUAAAAGAAGAAGUAACAAGAGGGAAGAAAAAUGUUGGUGCUUUGGAGAAGAUGAAUGAAAGGGUUGGAGAACUUCUUAAGCAAAGUAAACAUUUUGAAACGCUCGUACAUGAUAUGUAUGAGAGCGAGGAGUGUCUUUUACUGGCGCCUCAAGUUCACGAGGAAAAAUCAAAACAAUAUUUAGAAGUGAUUUGGACGUGGUUACAUGUUGAAAAUGUCUCAAGCGUCGGUAUAUAUGGCAUGGGAGGUGUGGGCAAAACGACUUUGGCAAAGCAUAUACAUAAUCGUCUUGUUAAUGAGGUUCGUUAUCAUGUCCGUUGGGUUACUGUUUCUCAGGGGUUUAGCAUCAAAAGAUUACAAGAUGAUCUUGCCAAAAUUGUAAAUCUGGAUCUUUCUGAUGAGGUUGAUGAGCAGAUAAGGGCAGCCAAAUUAUACCGGGCAUUCAAAGAAUGGAAGAACAUUGUUAUCAUAUUGGAUGAUGUCUGGAAUCGCCUCUGCUUGGAGAAGUUGGGUAACCCUCUUGGUGUGGAAGGCGGUAGACUAAUUCUAACUACUCGCUCGCGUGAAGUCUGCGAAAAGAUGGGUUGUAAGAAACUUUUCGAAGUGAAGAAACUCAACACUGAUGAUGCUUGGGAGUUGUUCAAGAAGAGUCUAGGAGACGAGACUGUGCUUAGUCCAGAUAUCGAGCCAUAUGCCAAAUCCAUGGCAAGAAGGUGCAGGGGCUUACCACUUGGGCUCAUCACGUUGGCAGGAAGCAUGAGAGGGGUGACUGAUAUAAGGGAGUGGAGGAAUGCUUUGAAAGAAUUUCCCUAUGACAUGGAAAGUGAUGUCUUCAAGAUACUGCAGUAUAGCUAUGAUCGGUUGAGAGAUACAAAUAUGCAAGAGUGCUUCUUGUACUGUGCUUUGUAUCCUGAGGAUUUUGUAAUUGGUAGAGAUGAACUAAUUGUUAAAUUUAUCAUGGAGGGACUGGUGAAGGGAGAUAGCAGGCAAGAAGAGUUUGACCAGGGGCAUACCAUAUUGAAUAAACUAGUGAAGGUCUGCUUACUUGAAGCUACUGCUUCUUUUAAAAGAGAAGAAGUAAAGAUGCAUGAUUUACUCAGGGAAAUGGCAUUGCGGAUCACAAAUGUUAAACCAAGGUACAUGGUAAGGGCUGGAAUAGGAUUGCAAGUGCUGGAGGAGCAAGAUUGGACAUUCGAUUUGGAUAAAGUUUCCUUUAUGUUCAGCUGCAUAGAGGAAAUCCCUGAAGACAUGGCACCCAAUUGCCCCACAUUAUCAACCUUGCUGUUUCAUGGUUGUUGGUUGAGAAGGAUUACGGAAUCUUUCUUUCAGCAUAUGAACAACCUCCUAGUACUCGACUUAAGCUGCAACUUAGACCUUACGGAUUUGCCGAGUUGCAUUUCUAACUUGGGAAGUCUUAGAGCACUUUCACUUCGAGGCUGUCGUGGGCUCAGAUCCGUGCCACCACUGGGGAAGCUCAAAAAUCUGUGGGUGCUAGAUCUACAUGGCACUGGUAUCAAAGAAGUACCUCAAGGCAUGGGAAAUUUAGUCGAGCUUAAAUUUCUAGAUAUGGGUGAAAUAGAUCUUAAAAAGGGAUUGGCAAAGGAGAUAUUACCCAAACCCUCCCGGCUUCGAUACCUCAAACUUCCUGUAUGUAUUGAUGCACGAGGUGAAGACUUGGCCAGCUUGGAACUGCUCGAAGAAUUCGAAGGCCGGUUCUGCGAUUUGCAUAACUUCAACAAGUUCAUGACAAGUCGUCGUAGCUAUGAGAGAGAUUGGUGGUUUGACAUACAUGUAUGGGAUGCGGACAAGGGUACUAUUCUUGAAUCGGAAUUUGGAGAUUGCAUACUAAGAAGAGUGAUUGUAGAAAAUCUCACCAUUGAAGCAGGUGGAGGAGAAGCGCCAACAUCAAUUAUUCUUCCACAUUGCAUUGACAUUCUAGAUAUUAGCAACUGCAAUGGGCUGAGUAGCUGCUUGAUGGACAAUUUUCUGUCACGGACUACUUUAAGAGGCUUGAACUGCGAAAUCAGCCUUUGUGAUGACAUAGAAUGGAUUGUCAACGUACCAUCUGGUAGAAAUACUACUGCAGACCCACACUGCAUAUGUUUCCAGAGUCUGAGUGUUGAAUAUUUGCCAAAUCUUGUUGGGCUUUGUAAGGGAAAUAUUGCAUCUCACACCUUUUCGGGUCUAACAGAAUUGGGUAUCUCAUGGUGCCAUAAGAUGAAGAAGUUGUUUCCACGGGCUAUCUUGCAGGAUCUCAAAAACCUUCAAAAGCUUGAUGUAGCGUGUUGUGAAGAGAUGGAAGAGAUAAUAGCAGAGGAAGCAACAGACGAAGAUGGAAGUAGCCAAUUAGGUACAAGUAGUGACAUUCUCAUCCUUCCAAAGCUAAAAGAGCUCACACUGUGGAAUCUGCCUAAAUUGAAGAGAAUCUGUGAGGGAAAACUCAUCUGUGAUUCCGUUGAAUCGAUGAGUUUUAAAUGGUGCCUCAAGCUGAAGAGGAUGCCUUUCUAUGCUCCCACUACAAAUGCACAUCCUUUUCCAGCCCUUAGAAAAAUCAAAGUUCUAGGAAAAAAUUGGUGGAGGACAUUGGAGUGGGAACAAUCCCAUCUCAAGACCCUCUUCCAACCUUACGUUACAUGCCCCUUUGGAAGGCCUCUAUAACCGUUUUCCUUCAAUUUCCCGUGUCUCCUAUUAAAGCUGUUUUAUUUCCAUUUUUAUUUAAAUAUGUGGGCCACUAAGAGUUCAUUUCGAGUUACUCAAAAAAAAAAAUAUUACUCAAAAAAAAGAGUUCAUUUCGAGUUUUUUUUUUUGUUCUGCGUUUAAACAAUUGUAUUGUAUUAUUGUAUAAAUUUUAAAUUUUGGUACCUCUGUUUCUUCUCCUUUUUAACUCUUUUUUUUUCCUUCUUAUUUUCAAAACCCCGUUUUACUUCAUGGAAUGUUCCUUUGUUGAGCUUCAAAUUUAUCUUGAUCCAUCUUGUUUCUCAUUUACUCGUUUAUGCGGUAUAUAUUGUACAUUAUGAUUUAGUUAAUAAUUGUAAAUUAUGAAAUAUUUUACUCA